AUUGAUGAAGGUGUCUCCAGACUGGCGCACCUCCCCUCUUUGUCAUUUUAUUUGUAGCUCAACCAGCAGUCAGAGUCGCAGCUGCAUUUUAGCUGUUAUUCCGUUUCUCUCGGUCUCUAACUCUCUCUCUCUCUCUCUCUCUCCCUCCCCUCCACCCUCACAACUCCCUCCCUCCCUCCCUCUCUCCCUCCCUCUCUCACUCUCUCUCUCCCUCUGCCUAUUUUAUUCCUCUGGCUGAGGCAGUGGUGUACACCUACCCCUCGUCCUGCUGCCGACCAGAGGGGAGUGGAGCCGGCAGAGGCAGGUAGCUGCAGCCCCCGGCUUGGUGGACGCAUCCGUCGCAUUCCUCCACCAUGCCGGACCGGGACAAUAGGCGACGGGUGGAUGCUGUCGGCUCAUUCAAGCCAUGAGACACCGGCAGCUCCUUUUAACUCCGCAUGUCAAAGUUUACAUUGUCAUGACGCAGCAGCAGCAGCAGCAGCAGCAGCAGCAGUGUGGAUGGAUUAAAGGUAUGAGCAGGAUGUCUUGAGCCCGCGACCCCCAAUGCCAUUUACUGGUAAAUCCAUAACACACUGAGGGUGACUACAUGGAUUAAUACACUGGGAUAUAUGAAACAUGGGAGACCUGGAGUGUGGCUUUGAGGAGAUGCAAGGCGUGAGGUUAGGAUACCUGCUCAUCAAGGGCAGGCAAAUGUUUGCUUUGUCCCAGGUCUUCACCGACCUGCUGCAGAACAUACCCCGGACCACGGUGCACAAGCGCAUGGACCACCUGAAGGUGAAGAAGCACCACUGCGACCUGGAGGAGCUGCGGAAGCUGAAGGCAAUAAACUCUAUAGCUUUCCACGCCGCCAAAUGCACGCUCAUAUCGCGCGAGGACGUGGAGGCUCUGUACUUCUCCUGCAAGACGGAGCGGGUGUUAAAGUCCAACAAAAGGAAAGCGAAAGCGGCGCGCUCCCCCGGGGACGUCGACGCGUCCCCGGGGCUCCUGCGCGCCGACGCCGAGCUGUGGAGGGAAAAAGUUUGGUUCAGUUUGCACGGCGUCCCGGAGACACUUGCGCUCCACAGCAAGACGGGCGGGCGCAGGGAGCUGACUCCCUGCCUCACCGACUCCAAACUACCUCAAUUUUACCACAAACCCCACGGACGGGAUCACCGCGCGGCGACUAAAUCCAGUCACAAACACCUUAAAAACUAUGAAACAGCGAAAAUAACAGGGAACCACGUUACUUUGAGCCAAAGGCACGCGUUUUUCCGGAGCGCGGUGAGCCGGCAGCCUGUGGUGCUUCAGUCCGCCAUCGCUGCUCAGUCCAGGCUCUCGCGCUCUGCCGGCGACCUACUUCACAAAAGGAAGAGGAGGCGCGAGGGGGGCGGCGGCAAGGACAGCGCGAGGCACUCGUGGAGCAGGAGCAGACACGCGCACCACCACGGUCCGCCGGUGCUGCUGGUCCAGCCCAAACCGUCCGGCAGUCACGGGGCUUCUUUCGGCGCCCUCCACCUCGGUCCGGAUCUCUACCUUGACCCCAGACCCCACCACCACCACCACCACCAGCACCACCACCAUCACCACCACCACCACCACGACCCCGCUGCCCCAGAGGGCUACAGCAGCGACAGCGAGUCCAGCACCUACUCGGAUCGGGUGUACCCGGACUCGGACUUCGGGUCCGGCUUCUCCACCACCAGCAACUCCGGGAGCUCGGAGGAGGAGGAGGAGGAGGAAGAGGAGGGCGAGGACGAAGAUGACACCCAGUCGGAGAGUUCAGAAGUCAGCUCCGAGGAGGAGGAGGAGAGCUCCUCUCAGUCCGACUCCAGCUCCGUUUCGAGCCGCGUUUCGGUGCAGAGCAUCCGGUUCAGGCGGGCCCGGGUCGGUUCUCUCGCCAAGAGUCUCAGCGCCAGUAAAGCACCUUUGCUCCUGCAGCCCACGUUUCACUACAACAACCAGCAGCAACAGGAGAAGCAACAGAGGGCACUGUGCCAUGUUGCCACUUCACAGACAGCGGACAGUAGGCAAGGGAGAAGGCAAAAAUGUGAAUUUAUCUGCGGCGAAACUAGGAAGCAGCUGGGACCCAUACAGCCACCAAAAUUUAAGUCGGCGCCUGUGAGUGAGAGCUUUUUCACUGAGUCCAAAAGGGAAAAGGCGCCCGAUGCUGAUCCGAGCAGGGUAGAGCUUGUAGCAGAGCUGCCCUCUUAUUCGCCGGGACUCAAGGCCUUUCACCCCACAAGGACACCGGGGUAUCCCACCAAAUGCCCCCCGGGACUGAGCGCACAGUGUGACCAGGACAAAGACGCCAAGCUCCUCAGGUGUACGGAGAAAGGGGAGUCGAAAGCCACGGCCCUAAAACUGCCAACUCCUCCGAAAAAAAUUAAGACCGAGGCGGAGGAGUUCUCAGUGACCGCCGCCCCCCACCCGGACGGCGGCAGGACGGCCCGGACACCACCCUUCAACCUCCACAAUGUGAAAGUCAAAGUGGAGGACAGCUGGGAUGAAUAUGAAUACCACCACCACCACCACCACCACCACGCCGCUGUAGUCAAAUGUAAAGGAGACAAGGCAGAGAGCAGCAAUGGCCACCACAUCGGUGGGGCCACCGUCAAGCAAGGGGACUUUUUCCACAGCGGGAUUAAAGCCACAGAUAAGAGCCCCGAUGUGGGCCCCAGGACCCCGUGUGGCCCUCAGGAAUGCAGCGGCACCCAGGACGCGCCGUGCAUCGAGGACACGGAUCACAGACACAAAAACGGCAAGGCUCCGGUGCCGGGGAACAAGAGACCCCGGGUUUGCAGGACUCAGACCAAACAAAACGCGGCCCGGGUCAACAGGGCUGCCCCUUCGUCUUCCUCCUCCUCCACGUCUUCUCGUUCCGUGGGCGGCGAGGAGGCGUCCGCGGAGGAUUUACCGAGCAGACGCAAGCGCAGCGGCGCGAGCAGCGCGGCGUCGGCCGCAAAAACGCCUUUCAGCCUGAUGUCGAAUUUCCCCAGCCCGCCGUCCCUGGUCGUCGGCAGCGACGGGGAUCUGUACCCUGCUUACACCCUGAACUCGCUGAGGGGCCCCGGGCCUCCCCCUCCGUCCCACCCCGUGUGGAGGUGGCAGCCAGGCGUCCACAUUCUCCCUCCCCCACAUGCUCAGAGAACUAGGAAAUACUGAGCUGAGUGGUUUUUUUAAGCAAAACAACAAAAGCCUCCACGGUGUUUAUCUCCAACCUCGACGUAACCCGAGUCUUAACGUGAGCCCACCGAAAUUGCCCCAAACUUUGUCGGUUUCUAUUUUUUUUCUAACCCCCCUCCCUUUUUUUCUGUGAAUGGAUAUACAUUCCGCUUUGUUUUGAAGUUUGAUAGAGGAAAACCAAGAUCCCCCCCCCCCCCCACACACACACACACACACGCCCUUUUGGAGCCUCACGCACACAGGACCGUGAGACACCGCUUGUGGAUUUAUGCUUAAAAAAACUGUUUUUUUAGAAAUAAGCUACCGAUCCUAAGCAAUAUGUUAGAAUCUCAUUGUUACUUGAUUUUUUAUUUUAUUUUCUGAACUCGACUGUCUCCUCUUCGCCUUUUUCUAUAUGCUCGACCUGUUGGAUUGUAUGGUGCCAGGGUUUCUAUGGUUUGUGCUUUGUCUGGAAGAGGGGGGAAAUGGGCUAAAAAGAAAAUUCACAGCAUUCAUUGGGAAUCUUAAUCCAAGAUGGAACCGAUGAACUCCAAAAAAAAAAAAAAUCAGGGUUCCCCUUCUGUGCCAUUCGGUGCAUUUUAAAGCUGUGUGUUUUUUCUUUCAUGACGCUUGGCCACGUUGGGCCAAAUGUUCAGCUUCAGAGAAUGAUGGGGAGAAGAAGAAGAAAAAAAGGGGUUUAUUAAUGUCAAAUCUUUUAGUUCUCACAGUUAAGCCUUUAUUAGAAUUGACAGGGAUUGAAUCCUGGUGGUUGUGGGUUUUUGUUUUUUUUAAGUGCUUGUGAUCUGGUUUUCCCGUCUUGUUUUUGUUUCUGCCCAGUAUUUCCUGGUCUGCAAAUGUGUGUGACGGUGCACAGGCGCAGACACAACACGACACAGCAUCAGGCCUUAUGUACAGACAAUCAAAAAAGAAAUGUGGCUCAGACAGACUCGACUCGGGUCCCCAUCCAGGUCCACUCGGCCACAUGAUGUCGUCUGCGCAUAUUUGCGCCAGGGUUUGGUCUGUAUUAGUGCGUUCAGGGCACGAAACACAAGUCAGGAAAAUGUAAAUACGCAGACACAACGACAGUGUUCGAACUACGUUCCCCCAUGGAUGUGAAUCGGGAGGGAAAAGGGGGAAAAAAAACAGCACCAAAAACAGCGUGAACCACCUUCUAACUCCACACUGGCUAUACGCUCAGAAACAAUGGGACAGAGCACAAGUUUCAGCUUUAGUGUUUUCUGACUAUAGCCUGGGAAAUGAUGCCAGGGAGAUGCUGAUUUAACAUAUAUAUAUCUGUGUAUAUAUAUAUAUAUAUACACACACACACACACAUAUAUAUAUAUGUAUAUAUACACAUAUAUAUAAAUACUUUAAUUUGGAUGUAAGGCGAAACUGCAUUCAUUUCCCCUGCUCUUCAGUUCUAACGGUUUCUUGGUUUCCUACAGAUGCUAAUUUGUUCAUUUUUUUUGUUUUUAGUUGAAACCAAUUGUCUCGAUCUGAGCUAGAAAAAUACGUCAUUUAUUCCUAUUGGCUGAGACAGGCAAGAUUUAAAAAAACGUCCUAUUUGCCUUCCUCAUUUCAAAUACCAUCUAAAAAUCACUACAUUACUUUAAUGUAGACUCGGUGAAUGUAUUAUACCCAAGGGUCUAUUUCAUGUAUCCCCCUGUGUUGUGCAGCUCCUCAACGUGCACACCUUUGAAACAGGAGCACGUGGUGCAAGCUGCACCUAUGUGUAGGUGCUGCUGUGUGCACGAACUGCACCUACGAAAUGUGUGUGGGUGCUUCUUUUUUUUUUGAUGCACUGUGCUAAUUGGCAGGCUUCUACGUCGGCGACAAAGGAGAGGCCCGCAUGCUUAUGGCCGAGCCGGAUCACAACAAACCUAAAAGCGCCCCGUGAAUGAUGUCAGCCUCAUCACAAGCACACAGCGAAGGGCGCGUUCAUUCAGACGAUUGUAGGAACCAUUUAAAGCGCGAUUGUAAAAUAAAAAUGGCCUAGAGAGAGAGAGUUGGGGUGGUGGGGGUGGGGGUGGGUUUGGGUUGUGCAGAGAUGUCCAAAAAGCAAGUUUCACUCAAUCAGCAUGUGUGGAUACAUAUGGCUUAUGUUCUAGCCGUGUUAUUAAAAGCACCGUCGCGCAGUCACGAAGCCACCAGCUCACAGUGGGCCUUAAAAGCUGGGUUAGGGGU